AUGAAAGAAACAGAAGUUGAGCAACCACUUGAAUUGAAUUCAGAAAUUAAAGAUGGUAAAUGGCCACCAUCGCUAGUAACCAAGAAAGAUUAUGAAUUCGGGAAAACAUUAGGGGCCGGAUCAUUCGGUAUAGUAAGGCAAGCUAAAAGGAUAUCUUCUAAUGAAGAAGUUGCCGUUAAGAUCUUAUUGAAACAAGCUUUGAGGGAAAAUGCUAUACAAUUGAGAAUGUUGUAUCAAGAAUUAUCUAUUCUUAAGAAAUUACAUCAUCGUAAUAUUGUGGAAUUUAAGAAUUGGUUCGAAACUGAUGAUAAGCUUUAUAUUGUAACGCAGUUGGCGACAGGAGGUGAAUUGUUUGACAGGAUUAUUAUGGAGGGGAAAUUUACUGAAGAUGAUGCUGUCAAAAUAAUUGUACAAAUAUUAUCUGCGGUGGAAUAUAUUCAUUCCAAAAAUAUCGUCCAUAGAGAUUUAAAACCAGAAAAUUUACUGUAUUUAACAAAGGAGAAGGACUCUCAAUUAGUUAUUGCUGAUUUCGGUAUUGCUAAAGAGUUGAAAAGCGGCGAAGAAUUAAUUUUCAAGGCUGCAGGUUCCCUGGGCUAUGUGGCCCCCGAAGUGUUGACUGUCAAUGGUCAUGGUAAACCUUGUGAUAUUUGGUCAUUAGGUGUUAUAACGUACACCCUAUUAUGUGGAUAUUCAGCUUUUAAGGCAGAGACUGUAGAAGGGUUUUUAGAUGAAUGUAUAGCAAAUGAUCAACCUGUUCAAUUCCAAAAACCUUAUUGGGAUAAUAUCUCUCAAAGUGCCAAAAAUUUCAUCUUGAAAUGUCUCGACCUUACUCCUGAACAAAGACCCACAGCUACAGAACUAUUGAAAGAAGAUUGGAUUACUACAAAACUUGAAUACACAAGCAAUCUUCUUCCUUCUUUCAAGAAACAAUUUGAUGCUAGAAAAAGGCUUCGUGAUGCUAUCGAAAUUGUUAAAUUAAGAAAUAGAGUUGAGAAAUUGAAAGAACUGUAUUGCAUCCCAGAUGAAUCCGAUGUGGAAUUAUCUUCUGGUACCUGUACAGAUCCUAAUGAUUGCGUCUGUAUGGCUAUGAAGAAUAAUUUAAAUAUUUCAGAUAAUAAUCACGUACGGAUCCCAAUGUGCUCUCAACUUACUCCAGAACAAAAGAAAAGGAAAUCUCAAUUACAACAAAGAAAUUUUGCUCAAAUUGUUAGAAUGGCAACGAAUAAUAAGGAAAAAAUCAUUAGCGCUCGAAAUUCUGGUGCUAAUACCCCCCUAUCAAAUUCAAAUUCUGGUUCAAACUCACAUUUGGGAGAGAAAAAGCCAGCCAAUGCUAAUGCUGAUACUGGGGAAGUUACAAAUACGUCAACCCAGAAUUGA